UCAGCUUAUUCUUGUACAAGUGGGGCAGUACCAUUUCCCGGCCACCGAGCUCGUGGGUGACGCGCUUAGCCCGACACAGAAGAAGAAGAAGAACAACCCUAAGUGCGAAGGCGCACCACCGACGCGAGGUGCCCGCAACAUGGCGUCGUCCGCGCGCCGAGCCGCUGCAGGGCCGCGCGACGAGACCGGGCACGACUCGAGCAGCAAGCGCUUUCGUUCUAUUGAUAGAGACAGCGCGCAAGCAGCGGUAGUCAAACACCAAGCCUGGCAGCUCGCCUGCAUGGGCUCGUGUUUCGUGAUCAGCGUGGUCGUCAUGAUGGGCUUCGGCGCCGCGUCCGUCUCCGGCUCUCCGCACCGCUCGUUGCCCGCCACUGCCGGACCGCGACGCAGCGGCGGCCGCGCCCCUGGUGCGCUCACGUGGUGGUACUUCGGCGCGAACACCCGCGUCGCGGCGGCGACGGCGACGACGACGACGACGAACGCGACCAUCGGGAACGUUCUACCGAGGCUGCGUUCCGGAGAAACCUCGGAGGAGGAGUCGUCGAUCGAGACCCUGCGCCGCCCAAAGGACGUCGCGGAAGCUCCCCUGCUUCCGUCCGAGCCCGUCAACGCCGGCGUCCAGAAGCACGAGUCCUUGUCAGCGCCGCAGGCCGCCGCCGAGAAGAGCUCGACGGACUCGACGAAUGCCGCAGCCACUCGCCUUCCGAGUACGCCGACCGCGCGCGGCGCGCGCCGCUUCGCGCUGGAAGGUUCCACUCCGCUCCACUACGUCCUGGAGAUCGAGCCCAGCCUGGACGAAGCGACCAACUUCUCGUUCAACGGAACCGUGACCGUCACCUUCGUGUGCCGCAAGCGCGCGGACAGGAUCGCGCUGCACGCCGCGGCCGUACUGGCGGUGGACGUGCUCAACAUCGUGGCCACCUUCAGGAGCGUCCAGAAGCCGCUGCGCAUCGACAACACGUCUCGCAACGUGCUCGAGGACCUCUACAUCAUCCGGUUGAAAGAGCAGCUCCACAGGAACGAGCGCUACAACUUGACGCUACGCUUUUCCGGCACGGUGGGCACGGAGCCCAAGGGACUCUACCGGGUCGGCUACUUCGAUGCGCCCGGAAAGCGACACAAGUGGGCACUGCUCACUAAAAUGCGCCCUAAGUACGCCCGGAGGGUGUUCCCCUGUUUCGACGACCCUUCGGUGACGGCCAGCUUCGACAUCACCAUAGUGCACAAGAAGGGGGUCAACGCCUUGUCCAACAUGCCAGUCUACAGGACGGAAAGGAGGACGCCAGACCUCGUGGCCGACACCUUUGCCAGGACGCCCAGGAUACCAACCCUGCUCAUCGCGCUGACUCUGAAUGACUUUCCGUCCUUCGGCAAGGGCACAAUGCGUGUUUGGACGCGCGCAUCGGCUACAGCCCUGGCACAAAAACUGGCUCUGGACAUCGUGCCCAAGCUACUCGAGCAUUACGAAGAUUAUUACGAAACGAAGUACCCGAUGCCGAAACUGGAUAUCGUGAUCCUUGCCAACUGCACCAUUGUCACGUCCGGCUACUUUGGAUUGAUCUUCAUGAAAGAGCCGACAUUCAUCCUUCAGAAUCCACGAAAGACAAUGGCCAAGGAUGCUGUGCAGAGGUUGUCGGCUUUGGCUCAGGCCAUAUCGGCGCAGUGGUUUGGAAACCACGUGACGCUGUCUGGAUGGAACAACAUCUGGCUGAGCCGAGCACUGGCCGGGUUCAACAAGUACUCGGCGCUGAAGAAAAUCGACCCCUAUUGGGAUUCCGCUGACUUGGAGCUCGUCUACGAUGUUCACGACGCACUGUAUUUGGACAGCCUGGGCAGCCACUACGCGUUGUCAGACGAGGACUCCAUUGAGAUGCACGCCGAAAACCCUCUCGUCAACAUCGACCUAAAAAAGGGCCUCGCUCUGGUAAGGAUGGUGGAGUCGUCUUUGAGCAACAACAGCUUCCGGAAAGGUUUGAGCGAGUUUCUCCAGUCGUACAGACACGAACGCAUACACGAGGACGACAUAUGGAGGGCUUUCGAGAAGGCCGAAAACAUGUCGGGCACUCCCAUGGAUCUGACCUCGGUUAUGCACUCGUGGACGAAGCAAGAUGGCUACCCUUUGGUCACUGUCAAAAGGUUCUACGCUUCGGGCACUGCCAAGGUCUCCCAGUGCCGCUACUAUCUGAACGAACCUCGUUUGGAAAACAGCAACAUCUGGCACAUUCCCAUCACCUUUUCCAACGGAGGUCCAUUUUCGCAAUUCAGGGACCACCCUCCGGUCGUCUGGUUGUCGAAUCUUGAAGGCAAGUUGACGGACAUUCCCUACAACGGUACCUGGCUUUUGCUGAACCUGAAAGCCAAGGGCUUCUACCGCGUGAACUACGACAAAAGGAACUGGAUGAUGCUCAUCGAACAACUGAAGAAAGACCACACUGCCAUACCGCAUCAAAACAGGGCGCAGAUACUUGGCGACAUCUAUGACCUUGCCCGGUCGGGCGCCCUUCAGAUGAGCCUAGCCUUCUCUGCCAGCCGCUACCUGACCAAGGAAAGAGAGUUUCUGCCAUGGAAAGCAGUCUUGAAUGCCUGGAGAGGCAUCGAGACACUCCUGCUGGGCACCAACAUAUUCCCGUCCUGGAAGGCUUUCGUCGUGCGCCUCAUCACCUCCGCUUACACGGCGUUAAACUGGGAAGAGAAGCCUUCCGACGAUGUUCAGAAAACGCUACUGCGCAGGGACAUCUACGCGCUGGCUUGUCGUUACGACUACGCCCCUUGCGUGUCGGCUGCAGUCAACUACUUCAAGGCGUUCAAGAGCGCCAGUCGGCAGCAGCAGAACAAGAUACCGCACAACCAGCGUGGCUUCGUGUACUGCACUGCGGUGCAGCGGGGCGACUACUCGGACUGGAAGUUCGUCUGGGACCGCUUCGUGGAGCACGCGCACGAGCCGGGCCCGGAGCGCGCCGAGCUCAUCUGGGCACUGAGCUGCUCCACCAAUCAGAGGAUCACCCGAACACUCCUGAGGAAGACUCUGAACGAGAAGCUGUUGAACGUGAUUGACUGCGUCCGCAUAUUCACCUUCGUGGCGGAACGGAGCGUCGAAGGAAGGAACCUCACGUUGGACUUCAUCCGCAAGAACUGGCCGUCAAUGUUCUUCAUGUGGCGUGCAAGGUUCUUAGAGAUCCUAAUUCGCAUCGCAGCGAAAAUGCUGAACGAUCAGGAGCUCGACCAAGUUCGCAACUUGUUCUACAACUUCAACGGGACUUCCGCUGAAGUGACCUGGGCCUUCCAGCAGCUGGACAAAAACGCAGCCGCGAACACGGCUUGGAUGGCGUCGCAGUACAAACAGAUCAGCAAAUUUCUGGCUGAAGACGAGGAAGAGAGCAAAAAUAUGAAAGCUUAAGCGCCAGCUGCAGGUCGUGUGGGAGUAAAGGUGGUGCAUGUGG